AUACAUAUUGAUUCAAAAAGUUUUUAAUAUAAAUCAAAAAAUGAACUUUCGUCAUUUUUGUUUGGUUCUCUCAUUCGUCCACCUCGCCAUAGGCGGUCCAGCAAUUCGACAUAAUGUUCCGCUGACACAAGAUAUGCCAGCAUCCCACCAGAGAACACAAAUAGGAACCGAGCAAAGUGCAGAGCAAGAUGCUGCUUCCAUGACGACAGAUACUGCUGGCUCAGCAGUGACCGAUGCCACUGACCCAAAUAUGGGCGGCUCACAAAGUGGUUCCACACCAACAGCCGUGGACGCAAACUCGAACGAUACGAGUAGCGAAAAUUCUCAAGUCGGGGAGUUGCAAAAUACUUUGAUCCACCCGGGGGGUGAGAUCGAAAAGGUGUACACGGGAAAACCAGAGGAAGUGGAAAAUAAACUCAAGGAUGGUGCAGAGCAAAUUGACACUCUCACAAAAUCUGAUGGCGAGAUAGAAAAGAUCUACGUCGGAGAACCUACGAAGAACAAUUCAACCAAUACAGAAGAAAGUAAAAUACAGAAGGAAGCUACCGCAACACUUGCCCAUGACACAUUCAACAUAAGCAUUCCGCUGAAGGAAAAAACCCCGGCUGUGUUCAAAUACAUUGGCAACGAGACGGAGGGAGUAUAUCUAAAAUCUGCAGCAUCUGAAAACUUUAAAACAAACUGUGUUUCGGAGCACAACAAGAAGCGAUUCAUUCACAAUGCUCGUCCACUCGUGUGGAGUGACAAAAUCGCACAGAGCGCACAAACCUGGGCCGACCAUCUGGCAGAGAUCGAUAGCGACAUACAGGACCCAGGCAAUAAAAAAUACGGAGAAAAUAUAUUCUGGACAAGACCCCAGCUGCCUGAAGAUGAGUUGUGUAAGGCAGCCGUAGAUGAAUGGUAUAACGAAGUAAAGCUGUACGAUUUCUCCGCCUCACACAAACGAAAUUUUGAUCCCCAACCGGUGAAUGAGUUCAUACAGCUGGUAUAUGAGGGACAAACACGUGAAGUGGGCGUGGCCUUCUCGCUCAGUCGCACUAACAAGCAAUACGUUGUUGCCCGGUAUUACAAAAAACGCAACAAUAUGAUGUUGGAUUCUGAAGUGCACCCGGCUCAUUCAGAUGGUGCGAAAGUGCGAUUUGACAAGCCAGUUUAUCAAAGAUACAACAUGAUCGUGCGCCUUCCGCAUAUUCCGUGGCUUCCCCAAUACGAGCAGCCGAAUUCGCCCGUCUCCCAACAUCUGGAAAACAAGAUGAAGAACGCGUUCAAGGCGACAUUCCAGGAAACUCCAACGAUAACAAGCCUGGUCGACCUCAAAAUGAAUUCAUUCAAGUUGGAUGACCGACAACCCGAGAGCGCCAUCCUAGCCGACAUCGAUGUGAAAUUUUAUCCUUAUGUGAAGGAUCCGAUCCAGAGAUUGAAGAAUAGUAUCUUCCACGGGCAACUGAACGGAAUGGCUAUGGACGAUAACUUCCUGAAAGUUUUCAACAAAACAGGUUUUUACGAGCCCCCGACAUCGUGGAAGGAGAAAAUGACGAGCACUGACCUUCAAGCUGAUCUGAAUGCGCCCAACAUGGCAAUCGAUCCUAUAACGGGUGCACCAACCAACAUCAAAUAUCCCCAAUCGAUCUCCGAAGAUAUAGACCUGGUCGAUCGUAAACCUUGCCAGGGCGGGGUCUGUGAGACGUAUUUGAUUAAAGACAGAUGCAAUGGAAACUCCGAAAACUGUCCUCCAUUAUCAGCAAUGCAAUCGGAUUCAACACCGUCCAGUUCCGUUUCGACGCAGCCUACGAACAGUUAUACGCCACAGCCAUGUUGCGACCAGAUGCCAACUCCCACCCCCUGCCUUGCGCUAGCGUGUCCACCGCCACCCGCGUGUAAUCCAACCUGCAAAUCCCGCGUGCCCGGCAAUUGGCCCCCGGAAUUUUAUAGAAGGGGGAAGAUCACAACUAGAAGAAAUUCUGAUGGUGAUAAAUGAAAGCUGCAAGUCGUCACGCGUAAAUGGAUCGGUCCAAUGUAUAUAUUUUUAAAGAAAUAUUCUUGAAACAAUACUCGAUGGCCAUUGUCUAAAGCUAAAACUAAAAGGAAUGAUCAUGACUGUGUUCGGGGUUGUCUACGUUAAGUAAGACUAGCCAAUAUGAAAGUAAAGUAUCGACAAAUUCGAGGAAGUUGUGAUAUUCUUAUAAUAAAUACAAUUGGCCAGCACACAAAACAUUUGAUGUGGCAAUAAAAUGUUUUUAUACAUCACAUAAUUCAUGGCAUUUUUCGAUGUCUGAGCUGCGCAAUUGUAUUCAAUAUCAACAAUUACCUAGAAAGUUUUCACUGUUUUCUCACUGUUGUAUUAAUACUUAACCACAGCUAACAUCGAUUAAAUAAUUAAAUAACCAAUCAAUAGCGUGCAA